ACGUCACAUAUGUCAUAUGUCGAAUUUAACUUGAUAACCUCUGACUGAAAUGUUUUCAUUUUAUCAUUCUUAUAAUAAUUAUUUUUCGUGGUGAUAAAAAGGGUUGAUUUUACAGUAUUUCAAACACUGGAUUACAAAUAGUAAAUACAAUGUUGAUAUAAGGCGUGUGGCAGCAAAAUGUUUUAUAGAAAAGUGAUGCACUGUACGAUCUGCCUGAAACAUGGCACUGUCGGCAUUUCUGGGAACGGCAUACUCCUGCAACAACUGGCAAGGAUAUCGACAACGCAAUGUUGGAACAGCAAGCUCCCAAUCACGACACAGACCACGGCCAAGGUGAAAAACAAAAAUGUGCCACAGGAUACCAGAAUGUGGAAGGAAACACCAUCACACGACAGAAAGAAUCAGUUGGGGAACUAUUGUAUGAUGCUGUCCAAAUUCAGAUUAAGUUGUAAAAAACAGAUAAUUUUAUCUCUGUACACAUUUUUGAAACGACAAAGUUCAAAUUUAUUUUUAUUACUAAUUAAAUAUUUUUUCAGGCCUGUCCACGCAAUAGGUUUCGCGACUUUAGCGGGCUCUACAGGCUUGGGUCUACUAUACUUCGGAGUGAACCCACUCACAGCCGCCCUCGGCGCCACAAACUUAAUACUUUACACGUCCGUCUAUACGCCUAUGAAGAGAAUGUCCAUAUACAAUACCUGGCUAGGGUCUGUAGUUGGAGCUAUACCUCCUCUAAUGGGCUGGGCGGGGUGCUCGGGUGCGCUGGACCCGGGCGCGAUAGUGCUCAGCGUGAUCCUAUACUCUUGGCAGUUCCCACACUUCAACGCACUCUCCUGGAACCUACGGCCAGACUACUCGCGCGCCGGCUACAGAAUGAUGGCCGUCACUGAUCCUGCGCUGUGCAGGAGGGUAGCCCUGAGACACACGGGAGUGAUCAUGGGAGCGUGCCUUGCCUCAUCUUACCUCGAAGUUACAAACACGUGGUUCGCACUAGAAUCGCUACCGUUAAACGUUUAUUUUAUGUACUUAGCAUGGCAAUUUCACCAGAAAUCGGACAGUAACAGUUCGAGGAAACUGUUUAGGUUUUCUCUAAUACAUUUACCGGCACUCAUGUUGCUGAUGCUAGUCAAUAAGAAGAAUUGGUACAAGAGUGAGACUCAGGAGCAGGAAACUACAAAGGUGCAGGAUGUCAAGAUCCCCGACUCCAGAAUAUCAGUACUACCGCGCAGGCCCGUGGUAGCGGCGCAGGAGUCGGACCUGUCGCCAUAGAAAAGCAACCACUGAUCGAUAAUAAUCGCUACAAUAUCAUUGGUUACCUAUAAAAUAAGUCAAUAAUUUAUUAUUUAUGUCAAUUUGGUGGCAAAUCAGUCGGCAAGAGUCGUACAAUUCGCAUGUUGGCUAGUUGCGUCGUACUGGGUGCCUAGUGCGAAUUUGUUCUUACGUUAACGUUACCGCCUUUAACGCUGAUUGGUUGAUCAACUUUGAGCAGCCAAUCAAAGCGUAGAACGUGAUAAACGUGUCGAUCGUGAUAGCGCACAACAAACUCGUACUGAUAGAAAAUGUCGAUAUAAGACGAGGUUAUAUGCAACUUGUGCAAAAUAAGUUACAUGUAAAAUUGUAUCGCUGCGAUACCUACGUUUGUUGCCGAUCAGUGAUCCUUGCUAACCUUAUAAUCUACACAAUACAUGUAGAUGUAGUACUUAUGUAAAUAAUGUACAUUAUAAUUAUGUGAUUCACUUAGAUGUACGUAAUAUAGUAAUAACGUCGUAACCUCAGAUUGUUAUUUGUCACAAAGCCAAGUAACGUGUGCGGUGUGCAUACCUCUAUUGAAAUUAUGUUCAAACAAAAAUAUUCUCGAAAGUACUCAAUAGUAUUUUGAUGUAUUAUUAUUUAUUACAUCUUGCCUUUGAUUGUAAUUUGUGUAGGAUCAGAUUAUGAUUAGUCCAUGACUUGGGAUUAAAUGAAAUCAAUAAAUAAUAAAUCCUUACAUUUA